CCUUAAGUGUUAGUCCUAGCAACGUUUUCAGCUGCUCUGGCCUUGUUCUUUUUUAGGACUCAUACACACGGCAUUGCAGCUCUCACGAAUUCAUAUCAUUCAAGUAUUGUUUUUGAGGAAUGGCUUCCCGCUAUUGUUUGGGGCCCUCUUCCUUUUGAAAUUGAACGCUUCAAACUUUGGUGUUUCAAGACAAUAGGAAGCUCAAUCCAGUCUUUUUUAUAGAUUAUUGUGUCAUACCUAUUCCACACUUUUUGGAAAACAAUAGAGUUUUUUUCAAAAUCAUUUGUUAUGAUUGUUAAAUCUUCCCUUGCCCCCCCCCCUCCCCCACAUUCCAACUUGUGUCGGAGCAUGGACAUAAAACAUGAACAUAAAGAAGUCAACAGAACAACUGUAUCAACUCAAAGAAAAAGAUUAAGCAAUUUCGUAAGGUUGGGUGUAUUACAUAUUUUGUCAAAUUUGAUUAGAAAACUUUUUGGGACUUACUGUAUAAUUGAGAAAAAUUUCAAACUGGGCUGUUCAAAAGGUUUUUUGAUAGAAUUUAUCAUAACGUCUAGAGUUUUUAAGUACAGUAUGAUUUGUGCUUAUUAAAACUUAUCUCUAAAUAUUGCUUUACAGCUUUCAGACUUGGAAGUUUUCUUGACGAUACUUUCAGAAAACAAAUCUGCAGAUUUCUCGUUUCUCGUUUAUAGCUGACAUUCAGUAUUCUCUAUUUCCGUAGCAAGUUUGUCUGUUAACAAAUAGGCCUUGUGAUCCAGGGCCAGAUUCAGCCCAAAGAGAAAACGAAUCUCCGGCACCAAGAUAAUCUGGCUUUGGCACCUCGAUCUAAACUGAAGGACACUUAGAAAUAACUCAGAAGAGCUUUCGAACUACGCGACCUUUUGUGAUUUUGAUAGUUACAUGUACACAUAUGUAUUUAAAGAAUCAAAUUUAAGGAAAACACAUUAUGAAGCUUCAUCAAUAACAGCAAGGAUAAAUAAAGGUACACUACUACUUAAAAAAAGUAAAAAUAAAGUAAAGAUAAAAAAUUAUUCCCCAAAACAUUCCCUGCAAUUUUGCUUCUUGCAUGUAAAUAAAAUACUAUUCCAUGAGAUGCAAAAACCCCACAAACCUACAAGCCUGAUUUGGAGGAAAGCUUUGGCUAAAGAUUGAGGACUUUUAAUUUAUAAAAGCAAAUUAUACAUCUUAUUUAUUCAAUUGUAGAAAAUAAAUCACCAGUAUUACUCAGAACCACAUUAAUAAUUAUGUCAACUGCAUGACAAUAAUGGCCCCAAUAAUGAAAGGAGAACAAAGCUUAUAACGGUCAAUGUGUAAUAUAGGUACUUAUUUCAUUUUAGGUCAGUCUUGCGUUUAUGCUUAUAUUUGUUCAUGCUUCUAUUUGAUUAGGAAAUAUUAGCGUGUCGCGCUUUAGUUUUUCAUGUUUUCCGGUAUAGUAAUAUUUUACAUGCCCUUUUGCUCUACAAAGUUCCCCCUCGUAUCCUUAUAUAUCUAACACCUCCUACUAGUUCAUUUACGUAUUGCACGAUAGAUACCGACAAUAACACCGGCAAUUAUUGAUAUUAGUUUGCUAUAUUGUAAUGCUGUUAUAUAAAGUAGAAUACGGAGAAACAGUUAGUUAGUUAGUUAGAGAGAGAAGCGUGGUGCUUGCGAAAGGCCACUGCUAUCAAACAUGUAGACACUAACUCACACACACUCACAGAACGGUAAUGGAUGGAAAGGCUAAGAGAGGGCUGAUGGCAUUCAACCCGAGUGGCUUGUGAAAGCACUCGAGGUUUCGUUUCAUAUAUAUAUAAUUUAAUGGCGUAACAGUGCUUGUGAAAGGCUGUUUAGUACCUAAGUUUCGAUAUUGUGUAAAAGUACGUCUUAGCUUUGGAUGGAACAAAAGGAAUUGAUUUUGUGUGUCAAAACGUGUCGUUUAUUCGCUCGGUCAAUCGCUCAAACAACGAAUGGUGUCAGAAGUUUUACAAAUAUAUAGCAGCAAAUUUUACAAUGGUGACAGGAGUGGGAUCAUAUGGUGCUGGAAACAGACCAGAACCCAGAUUCACGAAUCAGUUUAGGACAUGUACCUCAAGAUGGAAGGCGACGAACAACUGUUCCCGAGACGACAGUUCGAACACCCUGCAUACCAUCCAGAGAUGCAUAGUCAAACCCAGUAGCUGCAAAUAUCUCAAUCACAGGACUUGUCGAUUUCUAUUUUACGGACACAAAAAUAUUCAUUGGACGUUUAAUUAUUUUUCAUUAGAUUCACUUUAAGAAUCGAGGACGAUUCAUUUUCCUUGAUAGGGAGGUAUGUAAUAUAGGUACUUAUUUCAUUUUAGGUCAGUCUUGCGUUUAUGCUUAUAUUUGUUCAUGCUUCUAUUUGAUUAGGAAAUAUUAGCGUGUCGCGCUUUAGUUUUUCAUGUUUUCCGGUAUAGUAAUAUUUUACAUGCCCUUUUGCUCUACAAAGUUCCCCCGCGUAUCCUUAUAUAUCUAACACCUCCUACUAGUUCAUUUACGUAUUGCACGAUAGAUACCGACAAUAACACCGGCAAUUAUUGAUAUUAGUUUGCUAUAUUGUAAUGCUGUUAUAUAAAGUAGAGUACGGAGAAACAGAGUUAGUUAGUUAGAGAGAGAAGCGUGGUGCUUGCGAAAGGCCACUGCUAUCAAACAUGUAGACACUAACUCACACACACACAGAACGGUAAUGGAUGGAAAGGCUAAGAGAGGGCUGAUGGCAUUCAACCCGAGUGGCUUGUGAAAGCACUCGAGGUUUCGUUUCAUAUAUAUAUAAUUUAAUGGCGUAACAGUGCUUGUGAAAGGCUGUUUAGUACCUAAGUUUCGAUAUUGUGUAAAAGUACGUCUUAGCUUUGGAUGGAACAAAAGGAAUUGAUUUUGUGUGUCAAAACGUGUCGUUUAUUCGCUCGGUCAAUCGCUCAAACAACGAAUGGUGUCAGAAGUUUUACAAAUAUAUAGCAGCAAAUUUUACAAAUGCAAGAAAAGAAAGGAAAAUUUUCAUGAAUUGUUGAGUGUGUCAGGAUAAUGUAUGUUUGAAAAGCUUGGUAAGAGUGGAAGAAUUGCUGGUUUAGAGAAAGGUCAACAACUGUUUGCAACUUUGUGCUAAUCUUGCUUGUCCCACUCCCCCCCCCCUAACAUUCCUCAAAAUGUACUGUAAUAGAUCGCCCCGCUCCGUUGGCCUCCACCCAUAUCUUGUCACCCUGACUACGAUCAGAAUGCUCAGGGGGCGUAACCCAAAAAUAUUCAUUCGUGUUUUGUAGAAAAUCAGUUGAAGUAAAUCUAGAUAGAGAAACAAAAGCGGUUACGGAACGAGCUUAUUUUAGCAACUUUCUGCAAUUAACGAAGAAAAUUGGUCACAGAAGACGCUUUGAGAGGCGGAUGGUAUCCAAUUCAUUCAAAUUGUAUAGCAACAGAGACACGUUGAAAUUUACCAUUUGUUUUUGCCCAAUUACCCGUUUAAUAAGUAAUAGGGAGUGAUCAAUGAAGAUAAAACACCAGGACAUCGGUUUGGAAUUUGGUGCAUGGAAACCUUGUCGUGAUCAUGGUGUGAUUAGAGUACCAGUAAAUACGAGCAAAGACAAGGAAUGCUGCUGCAAAACUGGUUGUGUGAGUCAGCCGGUAAGUCAGCUUGAAAGUAUAUUGAUUAGAUUGAGCUGCUGAAUCAUGAAAGUCAGUGGUUGCAGAAGACGAUCCACGAAAAUCUCCCAGUCUAUUAGAUACCUAGAAGCAAUCUAAGGUUCAAAGACUUCUUCGGGACUAGCUGGGAAGAAAGCUUCAAUCAUGGUGCUAGCGCGGAUCAACAAUUGGGAAUCAAAGUUUUAUUCCCAAUCUGUUCUAAACUCCACCGAGAAGCUCUUUGCAGACAAAGAUAGAAAUAUACAAACACGUGAUCGCUGGGCUAGAGGAAGAAAUAUGGUGUCUGAGGAACUGCGAUUCAGUAAGGUCGACGUGAAAGGACGACAACAGCUAUUCGAAAACAUGGCGAACAAAAAGGAACCAUCCCCAUCGAAAAAUAACCGAUCAAUGACCAGAUCCCAUUCGACGGAGAACCACAAAGUGAAGUAUCUUGUUUCAUCAAGAAAUGCAAGGUCGGUUUCGGCAGAGCCUUCGUAUCGAAAAAACGAGGAUGAAAAGCCAUUGCAUGGCACUAGCCAAAACAAACCAAAAGUAAUACGCCCGGACUUAGGAACGGAUGUUAAUAAAAAAACCGAGCUCCAACCGGGUAGUAGGUAUGACGAGUUAACCCUGAAAAAUAUCAGGAACAAGGAAGACCGGAGUGAGUUGCAUCACAACCGGACACCGGUAAAAAAAGUUUUGAUCGAAAACGUGCUCAAGAAAAAGGGGGGCAGUGCUGGAAAGUCUUUGUCGGUUGAUUGCGAAACCAGGGGUACUAGAGAAAGAAAAGAAAGGGUAAUUCAAAGUGAAAAGAGAGCUGAAGCAAAAAUACUUGACACCGGAGAUGGUACCGGAGAGACGAAAAAGGUUAGGAAUCGAGUGAAGGCCUUAGAGGACAAACACAGUGAUCACGCGGAGACGGGUGCAAGCAAAACAAAUCUCAAGGCAGUCAGUUGUGGAAAAAUAAACAAAGAUGAGAAUUUCGAAGAUAUGUUGGGUUUGAAGGAAAAUAAUCAGGAAGGCAUUGUGCCAAGAACACAUUCGGAAGAAGUAGAACCGGUACUGCAUCGUCCAUUUCGAAGAAGUAUCGAAAUUACGGCAACAAGUCGAAAAAGGAGUGCUGAUGGCAGUAAAAUGCUUGAAGGUGCGCUGCUUGGAAUGGAAAAGGAAUGUGAAACAUUCAAGCAACAAGAGGAGCCCGAAGGACGAAAUAGCAGUCUGACUUUGGAACAAAGAGAUGGCAGAUCCGAUGGUCUGAUUCAGGCCCAGCAAGAUAUAGGUCCAGUCAGUGAACAAUUAUCUGAAAAGCCCAGACCGAAGUCUGUCCAACGUAAGCCAAGCAUGAAGAUUAUUGUCACUGGCAAAUCUAUUGAGAAUCCCACCCCGAAAAGAACAGCUACAAUUAUAAGGGUUAACUCAAAAGUUUCUGAUUGCAGAGGACUACAUGAACAUUCUGCAACAAAUUGUCAAAAUUCAAAUGAGAGCCAACAAAAGCAGGGAACUGGUGAUAAGGGAAUUUGGCAACAAUCGAAUGAUGAAGGGGUCAAAGACGUUUUGGUGACAAUGCCUGCAACAGACAGGCAAGCUAAGAUGUCCAUCGAUGAAGAGGAUGGAUCGAGCUACUACAGAGAUGUUAGAUAUGGACUGCGAGGUCGCAAAGGAAUACCGGCUGAAAAUCAAGACCUGUUGACAGAUCUACUGUCCAUUGAGAAUACGGACAAAGCAAAAUCUUUAGGUUUAUCAGAGGAGCUUAUAGAACUGCUUCGGGAAGAAGAAGGCUUUUGGAAGAGGCAGGUUGAGCUUAAAAAGUGGCGGGAGUCUAAAGAGAGCAAACCUAUAGAGACAGAGAGUGACAAGGUUUUUGAUGCAGCCAAAGAGAAGCGAAUUGCGCAGCUGAGAAAGGAGCACGAGGAAAGUCGAUACCAGGAUUUUAGAAAUGCAAGUGAAGAGCUAACUGUCGAGGAGCUAAAACAAGCAGAAGACAAGUUUUUUGCAGAGGAAUCGAGAAAACUACACACAAGCGCCGGAAUACCACAAACAAACAAAGAGAUAGGAAAAGACUUGCCAUACAGUUCCUCUACUCCAAAUCAAAAUGAAACAGUUAUAUUCCUGAAACAACAUCCAUUUGAAAACCAGGCAAUUUUGUCAAAAAUGCAAUCACAGAAAGGCAUCAACAGGUUUUCCUACCCUCCAACGUUCAAAUCGGAAUUUUCUGACUCAGGAAGCUCUCUUGAUAGACAGUUCAAUCGUGAACUUCGCAGCGAAAGUCAUGGCAGCUCUGGAUCAUUGUCAAAAGCCGUUCAUUCCGUUUCUACCGAUGUUAAUAAAGCCCCCCGACUUAGCAGUGUAUCAAGUGGGCCAAUAACAUACUUUGAGCACAUGGCAAGAGUGUUAAGGGGGAGCUUAGUAGCUGAGCCUUAUGCCUCACAUCCUCAAAGGAAACCAGUGGAACUUUCCCGAACCAGUCAAAAAGACUUAAAUGUGGAUCCUGGAAGUCACAGCAAACAGGAAUCGUUUGACUCUGCAGGUUAUUCAGCAGUUGAAGAUUCAACAGUAAGUUAUAAAAAGAAUGAGCUCGUUAAAAGAAAUGAAGUAUGUUCCCCGUCUUAUGAAAAUCUGGAAAAUAGUCGUCUUGAUAGUUACGAGGACCCAUUUAGCCCAGAUAUUGGGUCAUUUGAUUUCGAUUCUGAGAAGGAAAUAGAUCAUUCUCGGAACUAUCGAGCGUCAGAGAAUCUGUUCCAGAAUCUUAAAUCAAGUCAGACUUACUGGGACCCUAGCUAUUUUUCCCUGAUUGACAAUCCUCAACCCAGGACAAAUAACUUUGUAGAAGAGGAAACAGAUACUGUGGACCCUCCUAGUAUUCGUCGCGUUGAAACAGCUGAUGAUUCGGUUUGUGAUAGUAAAUCCAAUCUGUUACAUAAAGGAUCUCCCAGUUAUUUAGAGGGUAAAUUAGCCGAUACGUUUGAUGGAGAAAGUCGCACCUAUCAUGUAACAUCGGUAGCUUAUAGGUAUUCAAGACCAAGUGCAUCAUCUGUGAAAGUAGAUAGCCAUGUUGUUGACGGUCCAAGUAAACAUCAUCCUGGAACUCAAAGUAAACAUUAUAAGCCUGAUGUGCAUUCAGAUCAUCCUGUAAAUUCGACAACGCCUUACAGCGAUCAAGGAAAUAAAACGGAGGGUGUUCCAUCAAAAUAUAAAGCUAGAACAAAUUCUGAGAAUGAAACAGUCAGUCCUGUGAAUCUGAAUCCACGUGACUAUUUUUCUGAUGAUGAGUCGAAUGAAGAGCGAACAAGGGAAGCUCGGCAGCUUGUGAUAAGUGAAGACUUUCGAAUACGUUGCUCUUGUUGUCGUAGGCUCAUAUGCGAAAAGCUGCUGAUGACAGUUGCAGAUACAGAGUUGUUUUGGCAUUGCAACUGUUUUUAUUGUUCCGUUUGUGGCAUAUUCUUGGUCAAGCAAAGCGAUGGUGGCCUGAUAAAAGUUCGCCUCAUUAAAAAGCAACUCCACUGUACAACAUGCUACUCUCAGGAUGGUGAACAACUAUCAGUAGUAUGAUUGGUAACCAAACAGAAUGCGAAGAACUUAUGCUGUCUUAAUCUGCUGGCCUAAAACAGUCAACAUACGCUAGGCGUGUAUUACACAGUUUGUGAACUGUAAUGUGUAACCGGGUAAAAGGUAUUUUAGUUUCCCCUCUGCAUUGCACAAGACAUAAAAAUAUCUAAAUCCAGAGCAUCUCGUCGCAUGCUGAAUCGUCAAUCGGACAGUUGUACCUUCUUGAUGAGGUAGAAAUAACUUGGACAGUGCCUGUCUUGCUAAGGACAAAGCACUAGACUUUACAGUAUUGUGACCACGUCAUUCACAUUACUGCAAAAAGGUUUAAAUCUUUUUACACCAAAUUCAUAUCAAAUCUUUGUAUACAGCAGCUUUGUAUAAGCUUUAGGGUGAAAAUAUUUUUUCGGAUGUAUUUAUUUUUUUAGAUGUAACCAGUAGUGCUUCAAGCCGAAAACCCACUCCGGAAAAUGAUCGCGGAUCGGAUCAGUUUUUGUAUUGCGCACGCGCUUUGGAUGCAAAAAUAGUCGCAUGACUGAUCCGCAACGGAUCGAAAAAAAAGUUGAAAUCAUCUCACCUUUUUUGAAACGUUCCGGUGCAGUAGUUUUCUUUUAAACAAAAUCGAAUUAUAACUUUUCAAACAAUAGCACUUGCGUAAUGAGGCAAGGAUCCCGUGGAGAUAUAAAUGUCAACGUGCAUUCCAAUCUGAAACGAUCCGCGGAUCGAACAGAACUGAUCAGAACAACACGAUCUGAUCCGAUCCGCGGAUCGUUUUCCAGAGUGGGAUUUCGGCUUAACGCCCUACUGUACUUUUAAAGUCGCAGGAAAAUGUUGUAAACAAUUUGUUGUGACGUAAUAUUUGUAUUUUUAGCAUAUUUUCCUAAAAGAAACUUUUCUAAUAUUUUGUAUCUAUGUAUGAGAUAAAUACUACUAUUUAACCACGAA